AAUACCACAAUGAGAUCCUGAGGCCCAUUGUGAGGCCCAUUUUCUUAAAAAAAAAUCUGUAACCAACAAAUGCAUAUCUGUAUUCGCAGUCAUGUGAAAUCCAUAGAUUAGGGCCUAAUGCUUUGGUUUCAAUUGACUGGUUUCCUCAUAUGAACUGUAACUCAGUAAAAUCGUUAAUUGUUGCAUGUUACAUUUAUAUUUUUGUUCAGUAUAGCUACUGGACUAACAACAAACAAGAAAUGGGAAACUGGUCUCAUUCUAUUUAACCUGUCAAUGUGUGUUUGCUUGUCGGUGUGUGUGUGUGUGCCUCUGUGUGUUAUGUUUCAGUAUGGAGGUAGGUAGGUGUGUGUGCAGAGGCCUAUCAGGGUGCAUUGCGGCACAUCAACGUCGCCUUUAUGACCUUUUGAGGUGCUGGACAAAGGCAGAAAGCCACGCACGUUGCCCCAGAUACGACCCAAACUGGUGGAUGGGGAAAGACACUACAAGAAGGCUAUCGCUAGGAAGAAAAUCCGACUGGACAGGAAGUACAUUAUAUAUUAUUAUCUCCUGCAAUCAAACGGAGGUGCCUCUGUCUGUACCCUGGGACAUCAGCAACCAGGUCAGUCUGCACACUCUGGAGAACCAAAUGCUUUGUUUUAAGGUAGAGACUCAUGUCAACGUCCCCGCUGAACAGGCCUUCCAUCUGCUCUCAGACCUGCGCAGGAGACAUGAGUGGGACAGGCAUUACCCACAAUGUGAUGUGAUCGUCCCGGCAGAGAGAAUGACACCAUCAACCGUGUGGCCACUCCGUGUGGACCCAUACCUGAUUGCCCUGCCACUAAGGAAUACACCCAGGGAGAAGUUCUCUGUGCAGGCUUCAGUAUCUGCGAGGAGUCCGACUCAGAAUCUCCUACUACAACCAGGCCACACCGGGAGUCCUCCAUUAUAUCUCCAACGACAUCGCAGGCCUUUCUUCCACCUUUCACUCCUGCAGCAAGUACCGAGAGGAGAACAGAGACAGCCUAGCCACCCUGCCCCUUCUGACCUGUGACGAAAUGGUAUCAUCCUGAUCCCCUCUGUCCUGUCACACAUGGUACAGUCCUGGAAGCGCUGCCCCUUUGACCUAUGAUAGAAUGAUACCAUUCUCCUGGCCGCCUUGCACCACUCUGCCCUGUGAAAGAUGGUAUCACCCAGCACCCUUCUGCCUUGUUACUGAAUGACACCGUCCUGCUGCCCUGCACCCCUACCAAUAUGUGCACUUGGAAAGGACCAGGAUAGCUAGUUCCCUUUUCACCCAUUCUGUACUGAGGAACAGCCUAACUCUUAUCAUUGGGAGACCUGAGAACGCCAGUUCUGGGAUAUUCCCCGACCCCAACUGCCAAGGAAAUCUGUACUUUUGCAUUUCUAAAAUGUGGGAUUUUCAAAUGUGGGACUAGUUUUGUGAUUACUAAUGUUUGUUACUCUCUUUGAUGUUACAUCAUGAUCUUCCAGACCAGAGUACAUUUCCACACUACAGGUUACUCUUAUCUCUCAAGACUGUCAGCUGGUGAACGUCCAUUUGUAUAAUAUUAUAUCAAACUCAUCUUUUGAUAUUACGUGCAAUACUUAAGACCUAACUAAACACAAGUAUUGUUAUUAUCUGGACAUUAAACAGUUAGUAGCCCUAUGAACAGGAGAAGUAUGCAAACUGGUUUGCUAUGCAGUUGAGUCUGACAUGUUUGUACAUGUUUUUGUCUUGUCUCUUGCUACCGAACUGUGGAUAAAAAAGCAGACUAGUUCAAGUAGGAGUAUUUACAUGCAAUUUGUUUUACAAUAGGCUAUUUUCUACCUCCUUAAAUCACAUUCUUAAUCCACCAUUUGCCUUUUGAAUCAUGUAGUCGAGAUAUACAUCUACUGUAUUUGUGAUUUUGAUUUGGGAGACUAGUGCGCUGUCUAAUCUCAGAAUGAGCCAAAUACACUUUACUUCACAACAGGUAUUUCAACAUGAGUUGACGCCACGAGGUGAAUAAAUAGUCAUGAUUUCACUCGAACAAUAAACACAAUAGACCAGUGA